AUGGGUUGCCGAGUCGUCUCCGGCAGCUAUCACCCGGCGGAGCGGAAAAACGACGACUUUGCGGCUCUCUGGCGGCUGUCACCCGAUGGAGAGGAGCUGGAUGGAGGUGGGGCGCGUGUCAGGGAGCUUCAUCCUCAGGUCCGCGCAACAAGAGGAGGCUCUUCAUCGCAUCUGGUACGCUCUCAGGAGGUGGCGACUUGUCUCUCGGCGGAUCGUCCUCUUCCCGACGAUGGCUUGUUCGUCGAUCAUUCGGAGAUGAUUUACUUGAUGGAUUCACGAUCCUUUUAUCGCGAAUCGUUUAGAAAUUUUAGUAGCAAUGCUCCGCGAAUCGCGUUGACGAGAUUUUCGCCGAUGAUCCAGCGAUUCUCGUUGCUUAAUCCUUCACCGGCGAUCUGCAGGAAAGUCGCGAUAAUCAGAUAAAAAUAUAUGACUUUUGACUCUGGGAGGAUUUGAACUCGCACCAGUUGUCCGCCCCAUUUUACAAUAUUUUAGUUUUAUUUCUUUUUCUUCAUUUAUCUCAAAAGUAAGACUAUAAAGAUCAUAUAAAUUCGUAUAAAAUCACAUAAUUACCUAAAAAAUCACAUUAAUCAACUGAAAACCACUUUUCACACUUUAACACAAAUAUAAGUCUAUUUAUCACGAGUUAAGGCUAAAACUAUAUUAUUUACUAAUUAUUAACUCAUGAUAAUGAAGACUUAUCACUCACCAAGAUGAAUGAUUCUCGUUUGAAAUUUUUUCAUCAAAUAUUUCUUUUUCAGAUGUAUUGUCUUUGUGCAAACACGAAUGUACAACUUUAUAUAAGAAAGAAGUGGGAUGCCUCUUCAUCAUCAAUUUUAUGGUGCUGUGGUGACAACAUUAGGAUAUCAUCUAGAAUUGAGAUGUGUGUUUUAUUUUAUUAUUUUUGGAAUGUUCUCUGAAAAUAGGGGGUCUAAUUAAAGUCCAUGUGGUGGGGGAGUUCGUCACUCUGUAGCAUACCUUUGCUUAGUUAUCAAUGUGUUGGCGAUAUGCACUCUUUGCUCCACAGACACCCGAAAGGCAAGGGUCUAUUGUGUUUUAUCGAGAGCUUAUAUCUAUAUAUAACAUACUAGAAGGAAUAAUUCAUAAAUUAUAUUUUGGUUACCAAAGAGACAUCAAAUUUUUAUAAUAGACAUUACCUAGUUCGUAUAUAACCUGUAGGUAGUGGCUGAAUCCCUGUUUAAGAUAGAAAUGAUGUAGCAAGCACAUAUCUUACUAACACUAAUGGGAAUGUCUAUGCACCUUUGUUCAUUGCUGAUUCGUUGCAGUUUGCACCCUCCCAAAUUAGUGAGAUCAAAUCUUCUACCAGAAAAUUUCAAUAUCUUUCUGUAAACAGAUGCCCUCUAUCAAUUUAUCAUUGGCACAAAGGAUUUCAUUCCAUUUAUGGUCCUUCAUGAUGAUAUCUUAAAAUAGCCUCUUAUGGGCUUCUCUCCCAGCAAGAACAUUACUUGCAAGGAAUGCUGUUGAAACAAUGGGAGUGGAUGUCUUACACAUUCAUAGCAGGAGGCAAACCAUCUGCCAUCAGAAGAUGAGCCAUCAUUUGGCAUCCUCAUAGUUUUUGUCCAUAAUGAGCCAUAUUGAUGAAUAAUCAUAACAGUCUUUGGAGAUUUAAUAUUGGUUUUGGUAAAUUGAGGCUAAAGAAGAUUUGUAGGAAAGUGAUGGUGUUUGUAAUAUGUCACCAAAUUGAUUUUUUUUUCCUUAAUUAUUUUUCGUCCAAGGUUUUUUCUCCGAAUAUAUUGUAUUUGUGCGAACAUUAAUGAACAGCUCCAUCCAAGAAGUGGCACGUCUCUUCAUUGCCAAUUUCAUGAAGCUGUGAAGACAACUUUAGGACAUCAUCUGUGAUGGAGAUGUACAUUUUCCUCCCCACUAAUAUCUUAAAUAGUAUCUUGUGAGAGAAGCUUCUCCUCUCACAAGGAGAACAUCAUUGAUGAUGAGCGCCCUCAAAAACAAUAGGAGAGGAUGGGUUACUCAGCAUUCGUAACAUGAGGCAAAUCAUCUACCAUAAAAAUACAAGCUAUCGUUUGGAGUUGCUAUUGUUUAGGUACAUAGUGACCCAUAUAGAGCUAAAUAAUCAUAAUAUAGUCUUGGGUGAUCUAGUAUUGGAUUUGGUAACUCCUAGGUGAUAAGGUUUUGUAGCAAACUAAUGCGUAAUUCUUUGUUUGAAGUAAUAAUGGUUCACCAAGCUGGUCUACUUUAUGUUUAAACUUUUGUCAUGAAAUUUUCUUUUUGAAAUUCAUUUUAUUUGUGGAAACAUGAACAUACAACUCAAUAGAUGAAGUUGCCCACGUCUACAUGGUGAAUUUUAUGUAGUUGGGGACCACUCCAAGACAUCAUCAAUUAUGGAGAUAAAUUAGAAUCUAAUUAAAUUUUUUAUCAAAGCUUCUAUCUUUGAACAAUGACAUGACUUAAUCAUUGUAUAAUGAAUCACAUAAAUUUAAAAUUUAUAAAACUAGAAAAUACUAAUUUUUAGAUUUUUAAAUAUUUUAAAAUAAAUAAGUCAAUUGUAAUUUGAUAAAAGGUUUUAAAAAUAAUGAUUCUCAUAUAAUGUCUACAGCCUCGAAGGCUCUCUUUGGACAAAGAUGAUGUUGGCAAUAUCUAGAUCUUCUUGUGAAGUCUAGAAAUCAAUGAGGUGAGUCAAAAAAUUACCUUUGAUAGUUGUCACCCAAUAGAGUGAAAAAAUGAUGAUUUUACAAAUCUCUGAUGGCUAUCACCUGAUGGAGAUAAGUUGAAUGGAGGUGGGGCACAUCUUAGAGAACUUCAUCCUCAAGUCCGCAUAGCAAGAGGAGGUUCUUCAUCACAUCUAAUAUUUUCUCAGAAAGUGGCGACUCAUUUUCUAGUAGAUCGUCCUCUUCUCGACGACGACUUGUUUGUCAAUCAAUCAAAGAUAAUUUACUCGAUAGAUUUGUGAUCUUUUUAUCCAAAAUCAUUUCAUAAUUAAGUAAUGAUGCUCUGUGAAUCACGUUGAUGACAUUUUCAUUGAUGAUUGAACAAUUCUAGUGGCUUACAAAUCUCUAGCGGCUCUUUAAGAAAAUAAUGAUUUAAUCAAAUACAAAUAUGAGUUUUGAGAGAGAGUGAAAUAAUUAAGUGAAUACCUUUAUAAGGUGACAUCAAAAGGGUAUCUUCUUUGCACAAAUUAGGGCUAUCGUAGAAAUUCAAAUAAUUAAAAACCUUUAAGAAAGUUGUGUUGAGUUGUCUCACAUCAUUUUCUGAGUUUUGAGACAAAUAUAUAAUAAUACAAGAUUCUUUAAUCAAUAGUCUAACUGUCCGAGUCCUUUCAGGCUUACUGAAGACUAAGCCUUUUGUUUUCGCGAUCAGUAACCCACCGGGCUAGACCCUCGAUGGGCAAUUUCUCCGCCGCUGGUGGUUGUUCCGCAUGCGGAAUGGCUGGCUGAAAUAACUCUCUCUCCUUUCUCUCAUGUGUGUAUGACCACUCUGCCCCACGCUUAGUUGGCCACCAAUGACAUGGAAGGGGAGUGAUACACACGUGUCUCCUAUCAAUCUAUAGUCAUUCGAGCCCCCUACUUGCAGCUCUACUUGACUGUGCUUCCAACUUGCUUGUGGGCCCAACGAGUUAGUAGGUCCCCCCAUUUUUAUAUUUUUAUUUUAUUUCUCUUCAUUUAUCUAAAAAAAUAAUUAUAAAAAUUAUAUAAAUUCAUAUAAAAUCACAUGAUUCGUCAAAAAUUAACAUUAACUAACUAAAAAUUAUUUUUCAUAAUUUAACACAAAUAUGAGUCUAUUCAUCACGAGCUAAGGCUUAAAAUAUAUUAUUAAUUAAUUAUUAUCUCAUGAUAAUGAAGACUUAUUAAUAUACACAACAUACAAAGAAGGUAUAACUCAAAUAUUCUAUUUUGAUCUCCAAAGAGAGAGAAUUUCUUGAGAGAUGUUACCUAGUUGUUAUAUAACUUAGAUGAGAGUUUAGCAAUUGAUGAAUCUCAAUUUGAGCUAGCAAUGAGGUAAAAACCACUCAUUUUAAUAAAGCUAAUAAAGUAAACUAUAUGGACACACAAUGUGCCAUUAUUUAUAGGGAGUUUCUUGCAUGUUGUGCACUCCCAAAUUAAUGAGAUCAAAUCUUCUUCCUGCACAUCACAAUAUCUUUUAGUAAAUAGUUGUCCUAUCUUGCUUUAUCUAUGGGGCUAAAGAUUUCUUUCUAUUUAUAGUCCUCUCUAUUGACAUCUUGUAAAGUUAUCUUCCUUUCUCCUCUCCCAUCUAGAAGGUCACUAAUGAGGAGCAGCCUUUAAACGUCUAGAGCUCAUGCCUUAUUCAGGAGGAAAAUCAUCUGCCAUGAAAAGAUGAGUUGUAAUUUUGUGUCCCAAUAGUGUUUGUCCAUAAUGAGCCACAUAGAUGGCCGAAUAAUCAUAAUAUCUAGUCCUAGGAGAUGAAGUACUAGUUUUGUUUCAAUGUUGUAAUGGGUCAGCAAGAUGAACAACUCUUUCUUUAACUUUUUGUCAUCAACAAUUUGUUUUCAAAAUAUGUUCUAUUGUGCAAACACAAAUUGACAACAUGAUAGAAGAACUAACAUGCCUCCUCAUUGUGACUUUUAUAUUGCCAUGGAGACCACUGCUGGACAUCAUCCUCAAUGAGGAUAUAUGCUUUACUUGUCAUUUUCAGGUUUUUAUUCUUCAACAAUUAGAAAUCUAUUUAAAGUUUUUACUGUAAGCUUCCAUCUAUAGAUACCAUGCUAGAAUAGAUACUUGAGAUAAUAGAUUUUGGUUAUUGAAGAAAUAUAGAAUUGUUUGGUAGAUGUAAUGUAGCUCUUAUAUAAACCUUGAUCAGACUUUGGAAUUUGGUGAAUCCCUAUUUGAGGUAAUAAUGAGGUAGCAAACACAUAUCUUAUGAAACCUAACAAAAAAAGCAAUGUGGACACAUAUGGCCCCAAAACAUAGUUUGUAUAGGUUGGCUAAGUGCAUGAUGUGUAUGCAUGUAACACAUGUUGUAAUGUUUAUCUGCGAUUUAUGAACAGCUCUUUCUACACAUUUGGGCAUGGAAAUGAAGUUCUUACAUAGUUUUCAUUUUGUGGAUGGUUGAGCAAAUGGUGCACAUAAAUUUUAUGUUAGAGAAUACUUAAUAGAUUUUGUUUUGGUUAAUGAAGAGAAGUAUGCAAAUUUUCUUGAUGCUGGCCAAUUUCAAAUAACCUUCGCUAGAGUUUAUAAUUAGGUUAGUGCUUGUUUGCAUUACCAAUGGGACAGCAGCUACUAAUCUCACAAGAGCUGGAAAAAUAAUCUGUGGUGACGCAUAAGUGUUUGUUUAAGUGCAUUGUGUGCAAGGUGUUGGUGUCCACAGCAUGCAUAAUGUAGAAAGUUAUGUUUUUCCAUUAGCAUCAAAUGAAGUUUAAUAAAGACAAUACAUCACAAUAUAGGUUUUGAUAAAAUAUGAGUCAGAUAAAGCAGCUUGGAUUUCUGGUGCCUUGAUGUGAUUGGUCUUUUGAGCUUGUGGUAUGAGGCAAGUUGGUCUACUGCCUCAGCAUGUUUUGAAGAUUGCUUCGAUGUUUAAUAAUUUUUUUUAUUAAUUAAUGUUGAGGUCCUAUCAAGCUGAUUAUAAAAGGCAAUGAGAACACUCACCUCAUGUACAACACACUGCCAAGGGGUGAGACAACUUGGUGUUUCUCUUUGUGGUUGGCUGAUUGCUCUGAAUUUUUGAUAAUAAGGAACGUCAAAAAUACUAUUUAUAAUUUCUAGAAUGAUUCCUAACGAUGCUAAAAAAGUGUAGCUAUUGAAAUACUUGGGUUGAACCACAGAGAGUUGACUAAACUAAGGAGGAUUGUGAGUUGACUAAAAUCAAUUUUUCAAUGAAGAGUAAGAUGAGAAGAUAGAAGAGGGUUGACUUAGACACACAGAGGGAAAAAAAGAAAUGUAAAUUGAUGAAUUUUCAAUCAACAAUAGAGGAGUAAUUAGGGAGAUGACACAAUCAAUGGAUGGUUGAGAGUGAUGGAUUAUCUAAACCCUAAUGUGAAAGAAAACUUUCUAACCACUCUAGGUCACCCUUUGCCAUCUAGGAGAUCGAUAGAUCGGUCAAAGAUAACCCUAAUCUACUCCUAUCUAUUAUUCUAAUCCUCUCUCAAUUCCUCUUUACCUUAAAACCAUAUUCAAUCUUGAUAGAUCAAGAGAGCACUAAAUCAAAAGGAGAAAGGGAUGAAGUUGGAAUCUACUCUACUCUACUCUACAUUCAAUUCUUCUCUUACUCAAUCUCAAGUGGAAUCAAUCUUGACAAGUCAAUAGAUCCACAAGACUUGAGAGAAUGAGAGAGAGGAUGAAUCAGACCUAAGGCUCAAUUCUAGUGUCACUCUAGGCGAUCCCUAAUUCCCUCCUGUAUACCCUCUAAGAAGAUCAAACUCUCUCUCACUAAGAAGAUCACUAGAUGAGGGGAUACAUGAAAGGAAACAUUAUUUCAUUGAAAUAGAGCAUAAAAAAACUAGACUACGAUGCCUUCUUUGUUGACCCUUGGGAGUACUUCAAGAGGAUUUAUCCUUAAGAGUUCUUGAACGUUUUUAAUUUGGUGACGUUCUUGGAUUCAUUCCUCUUCUUCUUUAAGUGGCUCCUCUCCCAAGUAAUGAAUAUACUUUCUCUAUCUUCCUCUAAGAUUUUAUACACCUCUAAGCUUCGAUCUCAAUCUUUAGAUCCUCUUCAAGCAUGCACAACCAUAUGAUCUCUCACCCACCCCUUGGAAGACCAAGAGGUGGGAGAGAGAGAGAGAGAGAAUUAAGUGGUUAAUGGGUUGGUUGUGAAAGAGAGAGAGAGUUAUGAGAGUGAGAGAGAAAGUGGAUGCAACGGUUGAAAUUCAGCCAUUGCCUAGGAUGUAGAAUAUUUCAAAAAAUAGGAAAACCUUUAAAGCCUUUAAAGUAUUUAUUUAAACUUGAAAUAAAUAUGAGAAAAUUUAGAAAAAUCCAUAAAAUCCCAAAAAUCACGAAAGAUACAUUGAACAUAGUACUUCAUUAAUUUUUUUUAAUGAUAAUUUAGAGAUCAAAUAUCAUUUAUUUAAUAAUUAAUAUUCAAGCAAAGGAUACAGAUAAAUAAAGUAUACUAUAAAAAUAUAAAAAAAUCACAAAAUUAGGCAUGUAUUUAGAAGAUUGAUCAUAAAUUAUGCUACACUUAUUUUAUGUAAAAUUAAAUGUCAUUUUUCAUGAAAUUAAGUGCUACUUGUCUAAAUUAUGCCAUACCUAACAUGCAAAAGUCAAAUGUUAUCAUUGGUGAUAAUACUUUAGUAUAAUUUUUAAUUAUACUAAUAUGAUUUUCUAAGGAUUCUAACUUGAGAAUUAUGUUACAAUUGAUAGAAAAUUAGAUAUGACGUUAAAACUUAUAAAAUAUUUUUUUCUUAUUUUUUUAGGAGUUUUAUUAAUAUAAUUUUUAGUAAAUUAGAAAUUAUCAAAAAUAGCAACCAAUAAAAUACAAUGAUUGAUGGCCAAAGUAGUAAGAGGACUCGUCAAGAGUUUAUGCACCAUGUCAGCAUAAGUUAACAAACUAAGAGGUCAACAUUUUUUGCCACAUCAUCUAUGUACAUCAUCAUCCAUACUUUAUUCUAGGAAAUGAAACGAAGGCGGUAAUUCCGAAUUUUGUGGUGAUUGUUGAGAUAGUUUAGAUGAUGAUCGAAAGGAAGCUCCAAAGAAAUUAGAGGGAGGUGUUGAGAUAGAGGAAAACAGCUGAGUCAAGGAAUUUUCAGCUUUUUUGGGCUGAGUUCUCUCUAAGUGACAGACAAAGAAAACAUAGACACUUUUGAAUUCGAUUUCUAUUUUUACUGUAUUUUAUUUUUGGUUUUACUUAAUCCAGUUUCUGGUUGAAAGGUAUAUGAUGAGAUUAAGUCUUUAAAUUUAUUUUUUACCAUUUUCAAUCAAUUUCACAUUCAUUUUCUGGUACUCCAUUUUUAGGUGACGCACGAGUAUAGUGAUGCAAGUUUUUGCAAAUUUGAUUUCAAUUUUAUUUCAUUUUGUUUUCAUUUUUGAUUAAGUACUUUCAUCCAUAAUUUUAUCAUUUUUCUAAUCAACUUCUAGUUUAAUUUCUGUCCAUGGCGAUAUUCUUUCUUAGGUGACUAACAAGGAUAAGCUCAUGCUUUGAUUUUAUUCUUUUCUUGUUGUUCUUCCUAUGAUUUGAUUUUUUUAUGAAAGUUAACAACAUUAUGAUCAUUCAAGUCCAUUCAAUUUGAGAGAUUACGAUGAUCAUAACAAAGUUAAAUUUCACAAGGACAAUUAAAAUCAUAAAAAGAAAUACUAAGAGUGAGAGAAACCCAUCCCUCUCUUUCCUUUUUUAUGUCUCGUAAUAAUUGUGUUGUUGUGCUUUGAUUGUGAGGGCUCUUAGUCACGUGGAUAACUCUUUGUGCUCAUCAGUGCCUAACCUAGUGAUGUGGAUGGUUGAUGGGGAGAGGUUACUAACUAUUUUAUUUUCUCUCUCCUCCCUAGCUUUUCUAAUUUAAGCUUUGUUUUUUACCCUUAAUUAUUCCUUUUAUUUUUGUGAUUUCAUUUGUCAUUUUUACUGAAAAAUAUUUCAGGAAUAUAGUCAUAAAUCAGUUUUAGGAGAUUCAAAUCUUAAAACUUCAUGACAACAUCCUCAAGAAUUGAUGGAGCUCAAAACCCAUAGAAAAUUAUUUUUCUUUUUAUUACUUACUUUUAUCUCAAGAAAUUACUUAGAAUGAAAAAGUUAAUUUGAGAUUGACCAAUAGCCUUAUGCAUGACCUGAAUUAACCAAAAUUUCGUUUUAAUUCUUGUUUUGAAUUUGGUUAAUGAAUAUUUAAAAUAUUAUCAUUUUGAUAAUAACCAAGGUGAUAAUAGUUGACAAUUAGAGUGACAAUUUCCCAAAUUACUAGAAUGGUGAGCACCAGGCCUUAAAUAGCCAUUGUGGUUAAGUUAUUACUGUAUUAGGGUGUCUUUUAAAAGGACUAGGCUGCGAGUGAGGGAGAGAGGUUGAGACACAAGUGCAUGGUCCUACUAUGUUGAUGUCUCGGUGCAUUUCUACAUUCAAGAAAGGUUUGAUGGAUUUUGACUGAACAAUGCUCAAGGCCAGCACGAGAGAGAAAAGUAGGCAUGCUUAUUGGACUCCCAUGACAUGACUCCCAAAAUCUGUUUCAAGAUCUCUACUAGAACAAAGAGACAAUUAGAGGGAGUGAGUGAAGGAGAAAGGAGAGAGAAUUAGAAGAAUGGACUAAGAGAAAGAGAUAGAGAGAACUUGAGGGAAAGAACUAGAGAGAGGAGAGAGAGAGAGAGAGAGAGAGAGGAGAGGAAAAGAUUCGACUGACUUAGACUUCAAAUGGAGAAAUUUAUUGAACAUCCAUGUAUAUCCAUAUACAAUCACUAUUAUAAAGGGGUAGCCAUGGACAAGAUGAGCACCAUUGAACAUCUCACUAGUGUAGAGCUCAGCCUAGUAAAGUUGGCGAGGUCUAGCCAGUGGGUGCCGUAAAGAGCAGGGAGCUUGCACACAUUCUUGAGGAGACCCUUUCGGCUCUUGAUGGAGCAGACUCUACAAAAGUAUAGCGGCAUGAUCGGCACAGCAGACUUGUUCUACACAUCAAGAGGCGAAAGGGCACCUUCAAGAAGGUGCACGAGUUCUCCACUAUCUACGGCACCCCGUCACUGGGCCUCGUCAACUCCACUGGCAGAGACAUCUACAGCACCAGGACUGGCGGACUUCUCCUUUUCAAGGGUUGCCCCAUCUAGUCCUAUUGCUGGGAUAGACAGAAGGCAACAAGGUAUACCUAUUGAUGAUGAGACUUACGAUGGUGAAAUGAUCUACAUCACUCUCCUAGUCCAUUGCAAGGUGGAUGUAGAAGGGUUCACGGGUGGCUUGUGAUGAAAAGAGUUGAAAUGUAGGGCAUUAUUUAUAGGCCGUUCCUUGUAGCUGGCACCCUUUGAAAUUAAUGAGAUCAAAUCCUCUACCCUCACAUCUCGAUAUCUUUCCAGAAACAGCUACCCUCUCCUAGUUUAUUACUAGCAUAGAAGAUUUCUUUCCAUUUAUGGUCCUUGUUGGUGAUUAGAACAUUCUCUUAUAGGCUAAGAUGUGCACUCCUUUCCUUUUCAGAACAUCACCAAUGGGCACCCUUUAAAUGAGAGGAAUGCACAUCUUCGACCACAUUUAUAGCAAAAGAAAAAUUGUUUGGUAACUGACGCGACUUAGUCAUUGUAUAGUAAAUCACGCAAAUUUAAAAUUUAUAAAACUAGAAAAUACGAAUUUUCAGAUAUUUAGAAGUAUUUCUAAAAAACAUAUAUCAAUUAUAAUUCAAUAAAACUUCCAAAAAUAACAGUAAUUUUCCAAGUUAAUGAUAGGGAUGUAAUAUAAUAUCAGGUAAUUAUUUAGAAUUUUCCUCAAAGAAUACUAUUUUCUAUAAAUUUUAUACUAGGAAAUAAAAAUAAAAUAUAUUUAAAAUUUAUAAAAAAGGAAAAUAAGGGUGCGGACGUCAAGAUGACGUCAAUGCCCGAUGAAUGCGAAUCGGGCAGAAACACAAUUCCACCCAGUAAUUCUUACAUAAGCGAUUAUAGAUGAUUUAAUUGAUCAAAUUAAGAUUUGUAAAAGUCAGAAGAAUCGUAAUGGAAUAAAGUAUAUCUUAAUUUAAAUCACACAAAUUAUCACUAAAUGAAGUAGAAAUUAAGUUGAAAGCAGGAAAAUAGAGUUCCGACGUCACAGUGGUGAUGCAUCGGAAUCUUGAGCAUUCGGGAGGAUCAUCGUGUAGUGUCCACGGCCUCGAAGGCUCUCUUUCGAUAAGGACGACGUGGGUAAUCUCUAGAUCUCCUUGCUAAGUCUAGAGAUCAAUGAAAUGGGUCGUUGAAUCGUCUCUAGUGGCUGUCACCCGGUGGAGCAGAAAAACGGCAACUUUGUGGCUCUCUGACGGCUGUCACCCAACGGAGAGGAGCUAGAUGGAGGUGGGGCGUGUGUUAGGGAGCUUCAUCCUUAGGUCCGCACAAUAAGAGGAGGCUCAUCAUUGCAUCCGAUACGCUCUCAGGAGGUGGCAACUCGUCUCCCGGUAGAUCGUCCUCUUCCCGACGACAGCUUGUUUGUCGAUCAAUCAGAGAUGCUUUACUUGAUAGAUUCACGAUCCUUUCAUCGCAAAUUGUUUAGCAAUUUUAGUAACAAUGCUCAACGAAUCGUGUUGACAAGAUUUUCGUCGAUGAUCUAG